UUCCAUUUCAGAUUUCAAGCGCCAACCAGACCCGUGGUGCUGCCACCACACCGGAAGAUUAUAAGAAUAUCAUUCGGAAAGUUUUUCGUUCAGUGCUAAGUGCUCUCAAAGUGUUCGUUCCAAGUGUCUCCACAAAUGGCUUCCGCAUCCCAGGAUUAGUCCGGAAGCGGUAAAAAUAAGUUGGUAAAACUCUUGGAUUGUGUGUGUCUGUGUGAGUGUGCGAAGAAAAACCACAUCCCAACGGCAGAAGAAAGAACAGUCUCACGAUUGAAGUGUCCGGAGAGGAAACCGCAGCGGGUGGCAUGAGCGGAAACAGCAGCGUUGGGCAGUCGGCCACGGCCAGUGCCGUUUCGACGCCGAUCAACGCCGGAACGCGGCCCGAUUCGGCACCAGCUUUCGGAUCGUCGCACGGUAUGUCAUCGCAGCAGCAACAGCAGCAGGCAUCAACACCGCCGAAUUCCGGAGGAUCCGGAGGGAAAUAUCUCGACCCGCGUUCGGCCGAAGAGAAGAAGUUUCGCCGGACGUCGCUGCUGGUUCCGCUGCAGAAGGCGCCCUCGUCCGAGAGCAUCAGCCUCAGCCCUGGGCCGGCAUCUCCAGGAAUCUCGGGAUGGAACGACAGCAGUCCGAAGAUUGACGCCGGCUUUCCAGAUAAGGUGAGUGUUUUGAUUUUCUCUGUGAACUUAUAUUAAUCGAUCCGAAGACAA